ACGGUGUUUUUCGUAGAGGAGGCAGGCUUUAAUAUUUGACUGCAGUGGUCUCCGGCAGUUUUCAAACAGACUUGCUCGACCGUCCUGGAGCCGUCCAUCGUUUCUAAGUCACACCCAGCCGCUACUAAAGUGUUGUUAGAGCACAGAAACUAUUUGACCUGCCACACAUCCAGCUCGCUGCUUUCGCAGGACCCGCGGGUUUAUUUCUCCUUGUGGGAAAAGUUGUCCGCGGUAGUGCUGCUAGUGGAUCCGCGGCCGGGGCCUGCAGUUGACGAGGAGGUUGCAUGUGUGUGAAGCCCACAGCUGGCUGGCGAGGAGUGGAGUGACCCACACACGGCAUUUGGCAGCUGAACGCUCAAACAUGUCGGCCCAGGCGCAAAUGCGAGCCAUGCUGGACCAGCUCAUGGGGACAGGGAGAGACGGGGACACCAUGCGGCAGAGAAUUAAAUUCUCAGAUGAGAGGGUUUGUAAGAGUCAUCUUUUGGAUUCAUGUCCUCAUGACAUCCUGUCAGGCACCAGAAUGGACCUGGGGGAGUGUAUAAAAGUCCAUGACCUGGCCCUCCGAGCAGACUACGAGAUUGCCUCCAAGGAGCAGGAGUACUUUUUUGAACUUGAUGCUGCUGAACACCUUCAGUCCUUCAUUGCUGACUGUGACCGCAGAACCGAGAUGGCCAAGAAGCGACUCGCUGAAACACAGGAUGAGAUCAGUGCUGAAGUCGCUGCAAAGGCCGAACGUGUCCAUGAGUUGAAUGAAGAGAUUGGGAAGCUGCUGGCCCGGGCAGAGCAGCUCGGCGGUGAGGGGAACGUAGAUGAAGCCCAGCAGGUGCUGGAAAUGGUGGAGAAGACCCGGGCCUUAAAGAAAGAAGCGGAGGACGUGUAUAGAAACUCCAUGCCAGCAUCCAGCUUCCAACAACAAAAACUUCGGGUGUGUGAGGUGUGCUCUGCUUACUUGGGUCUACACGACAACGAUCGACGCCUUGCUGACCACUUUGGGGGCAAACUGCACCUCGGCUUCAUUGAAAUCCGCGAGAAGCUUGAAAAGCUGAGGAAAGCAGUUCUAGAAAAACAAGAAAGAAUGCGAUUGAGAAGACGAGAGGAACGUGAGAAAGAAUUUAAUAGAGAGCGACAGUGGGAGAUGGAGCGAGAUCAGGACAGAGAGCGAGAGUGGGACAGAGAUAGAGAUAGGGAGAGGGAGCGUAGGAGGUCAAGGUCAAGAAGUGGAGACCGUUACAGUAGGGACGGAGGCAAUUCGUCUUCCCAUCACUCGAGACACCACCCUUCCUCCCGUUCCAGAGAAGAAGGUGGAGAACGGGAUAGAGAGAGAGAGAGGAAACAUCGACACAAGGACAGACACCGCUCACGCUCCCACUCUCACAGACACAAAAGGAAGAGGUCUUCCAGAGAUAGAUCAUCACACACUCAAGAGCGAGAGCACUCUGAGUCCCAAGAGCGAUGCAGAGAGGGGGCAGGAGAGGGAUUGCGUGAUGACAAGGCGGAGUAUGGAGACUGGGAAGACAGGGGGAGGUCCACCUUCCCAGACACGGCCAGGGGCAAGGAACGAGAACGCUCCCUGUCAUUUGAGCGGGACCGACAGUCCAGCUCAGAAGAGAGAGAGUCUGGGGAGAUAUAAGCAGGAGGGGAUGCCUCCGAAGUCUUUGAUUUGCAUAUAUUGUUCAGAAACAGGAUCAUAUUGGUACGGCUGUGGGUGUGAGUGUGCGUAUGUUUGUGGGUGUGGGAUGGGAUAAGCUUUGUGUAUGUGCUCAAAAUGAAAAAUGUACAUUAGAGCAGCAGUGACUAGUGGAAACUGAACAAGGAGACGAGGGAAUAGCUUAAUUGGUGGCAGUCAAAGAAAACAUACCAACUUUUAUAAAUCUCUGAAUUGUGAGACUUAAGUGUGCUUAAAACAGUACAGUCAUAUCUUUAUGGCAUAUUGUCGAUCUUGCUAAGAUGACAGUGAUGAGAGAUGUGACAGAAAUCGCACUUAAAAGUCUUUUUAUUUUCUUCACAUGAAGUGCUGUUAUUUUUUUUUUACCAUUAGUUAAAUCUUUCAUGUUUUUACUGUAUUUUCUGUCCCGUUGGUUUCGGUCAUUGUUGAUUAAUUUACACAGGACUGAAAUGAGCUGUUACUGAUGGAAGGCAUUUAUGAUGUUUGUUAUAUUCACUGCCUUAAAGCCACAACAAUCUCAUUUGGUAAAUUAGAUUCACAUCCUCGAUAAGACAUUGCAAUUAGGCUGUUAUUUCAAAAUAAACUCCCUUCUUUUUCACAUGUGAAGGCAAAUGUACAAUGUGAAUAUUUACAUACUGACAGCCGAAGCUCCAGGGACUUGUCUUCUUCUUGUUGAUAAUACAACCUUCAUUCACAGGAGGGAUUUACUUUGCUGUGCCAUCAUAGUGAAUAAAAUGCUCUGCUAUAAUUCAAA